GAAGCAGGGUGGAGAUCAGGGGUCUCUGAGUGGCGCUGUCAGAGAGAGAAAGGGGUGGUCAAACGGGGUUUCUGAUUGUUGUGGGGAGAUCAGGGGCGUUCUGAACGGUCGACGAGGAUAUCUGGGGAGAUCAGAAGCUCCUGAGUGCUCUACGAUGAUACCCGGGGAGAUCAGAAGCCUCCUGAGUGUUCUACGAGGAAAUCUGAGUGUUCUAGACCGAUUUUAAGAAAAUCAGAGGCCCUCUAUGUGUACUAAAUAAAUCCGUGAGAUCAGAAGUCUUCUGAGUGCUUUACGAGGAUUUCUGAGUGUUAUAGACCGAUUUUAAGGAAAUCAGAGUGUAGUGUGAGCAGUAAACGGAUUUCUGAGGAGAUCAGAGACAUGCUGAGUGUAAAAGACAGAAUCUGAGUGUUCUACGAGGAUUUGUAGGGAGAUCAGAGGCCUUCUGAGUGUCUGUGGGAACUUCUGAGUGCUGUGGGGAAAUCAGAGGCCUCCUGAGUGUUCAAAGAGGAAAUCUGAGUGUUCUAGGCCGAUUCUAAGGAAAUCAGAGGCCUCCUGAUUGUACAAAGUUCUAUAAGGGGACUAGUGAAUCAGGUCUCUCUCUCUCUACACACACGUUCUGAGUGACGCUACUCAGUGAGAGAGAGAGAAAUUCAUGGGUGUGUUAUGAAUGCUGUGAGGAGAUCAGAGGCCUCCUGAGUGAUGAGUAAGUGGAGUCAGUGUGAGCCAGGCAGUGGGUGAGUGAGGAUAGUGAAUCAGGUUCCGCCGUUCACACACACGUUCUGACACGUUCUGAGUGGCGCUGCUAAGACAGGUUCCUUCAGGGUGUUGCGGGGGGCCCUCUCUGGGGAGAUCAGAGACCUCCUGAGUGUCCUACGAGGAUUACAGAGGAGAUCAGAGGCUUUCUGAGUGUACUUAAUGGAUUUCUGAGUGUUUUCGACCAAUUUAUAAAGAAAUCAGAGGCUCCUGAGUGUCCCAAAUGGAUUUCUGAGUGCUUUCGACCAAGUUCUGAGGAGAUCAGAUGCAUCCUGAGUGUUCUACAGGAAAAUAUAGAAGCUCAAAGGCUCCUGAGUGUCCCAAAUGGAUUUCUGAGUGCUCUAGACCAAUUUAUUAGGAGAUCAGAGGCUUUCUGAGUGUUCUACGAGCAUGUAUGAGGAGAUCAGAGGCAUCCUGAGUGUGUUAGAAGGAUUUGUGGUGAGAUCAGAGGCCUCCUAAGUGUUCUAUGUGGAUUUGUAGGGAGAACAGAUGCAUCCAGAGUGUUCUGAGGCAAUCAGAGUAAAUGUUUGUUGGUCUGAGUACGUAUUUGGGAAGUUCUGAGUACCUGAGAGGCCUCUGAUGGGCAGAGAGAGGCUAGUAUUUGCACUCUUGCUUCUGAUUGUCCUAGGGUGACACUCAUAGGCGCCUCUGCCGCCCACGCUCGCACGCCUCCGUGUCUAAACUUCCCCAUACCUGAUUUCCGAGCCCUGAGUGGCUAGAUGGGCCAUCAGGAUGACUGUAGCGGUAGCAGGGCCACUGUCGGAUCUGCCCAUCAGAUUAGCCCUGAUCCUAGGCAUGGAUCCUGAGGAUCCUACGCGUCCUCUUAGCGCCAAUCAGACCCCAGCCACUCCGAGCACUCCUAAAACCACCCCCCACGACUCUGCCACACAAGUGAGCCCACCUACCACCACCCACGCCCCUGCUGGCCACUCAGGUACACCCCCAGACACCGCCCACACGCCCACACUCACUCUCUAUGGCUCACCUGAUCUUCCAGGGCAUUCUCCUAGGCCUACAGCCACCCCUGAAGCCCAUCAGAGAGCCGCCAUGGCCGAGCUCUCGCUACCUGAUCGGCCUUAUCAGGACCCUGCCCACUACGCCGCCCACUACGACCUCCCGCCCACCCACGCCCACCCAUCACUCGCCCAGUUGGUAGGGGAUGACUUGCCCGGGUUUUCUGAUUGGUCGGCAAUCAGUGUAGGUCUACAAGAAUGGGGCAUUGGCCCCCUACAGCAGGUAUGGCCCUCACCCAUGGGCCGUGACCACCCUGAGUGGCCCUCUUCGCCACUCAGGGGCCCUGAAUCUCCAGCAGUACAAAGGGGACCUGAAUCCCCCUCUCUAGUAGUACAAAGAGGCCCUGAGUGGCCCUCUCCCUCACAACAAAGGGGCCCUGAGUGGCCCUCUCCCUCACAACAAAGGGGCCCUGAGUGGUCCUCUCCCUCACAACAAAGGGGCCCUGAGUGGCCCUCUCCCUCACAACAAAGAGGCCCUGAGUGGCCCUCUCCCUCACAACAAAGGGGCCCUGGGUGGCCCUCUCCCUCACAACAAAGGGGCCCUGAGUGGCCCUCUCCCUCACAACAAAGGGGCCCUGAGUGGUCCUCUCCCUCGCAACAAAGAGGUCCUGGGUGGCCCUCUCCCUCACAACAAAGGGGGCCCGGGUGGCCCUCUCCUUCGCAACAAAGGGGCCCUGGGUGGCUCUCUCCCUCACAACAAAAGGGCCCUGAGUGGUCCUCUCCCUCGCAACAAAGGGGCCCUGGGUGGCCCUCUCCCUCACAACAAAGGGGCCCUGAGUGGUCCUCUCCCUCACAACAAAGGGGCUCUGAGUGGCCCCCUCCGGCCCUACCCGGAGGCCAUGAACUGGGUCCCACUGUGACGCAAGGGGGCCCAGUAACGACCUCACAGGGAAGCGAAUGGUCCUGGGGCCCUCAGCCGGACCCCUGGGCUCUCUCACCACCAAGCGAGAGUGCCCUGAGCCCCGCCAGCCUAGAGGUGGCCCGAGGGUUCUCGGGGGGCCCCACGGGGGGCCCCGGGCCCCACGAGAGACGGUCCCAUUCGCGAUCACCCUUGAGCGCCGCGACUUCACCUCAUCCGAACGCCCCCUCGCCGCUAGCUUCGACGGGUUUACCGCACGCGGCGCGGCGUCGCGGGCGCCGACGACGGUGCCAGCGGGUAGUGCGGGCGGCGGGGCCCCCGGGGAAGCCAGCGGGGCGCGUAUCGGGGCAACAGGAGGGGCAACAGGAGGGGCAACAGGAACGGAGUAGCGGGAACAGACGCAGCCCUCGGCCGACAGACAGUCUGCAUCCCAUGGACCCACAAGCCACAGCAGGGCCCUCGCUGGCGGGGUCUAGGGGCCCAGGCCCCUCCCCUGGGAGCUCCCCAACAAGCCCUGGCCCCCACGACCCCCUACGACCCCCCACGCCCCAGCAGGACGCCCAAAAAGACGACCCCAACGACCAGGAGCGCCCUGUUUGCGUCCCACCAGGUAAGAUCCUCGUCUUGUUUUGA